GUCGAGUGACGACAGCGAUGUUUUGCUAAACGUUAGCCGCGGCAGGCUAACUUUGUCUCAUAGUUUAAUCUCGAAUUCUCCUUCACCUCCGGGAAGUGAAACGGACCCGGUUCGACUACCCGGAGAGCCGCGGAUAGAUGUGAAUUUCAAAACACUUCUCUGUAAAACACACGGAGACAUGAACGGGAGCACGAACCCGCUGCUGGACAAAGAGGAGCAUGUUCUGAGGCUCGGAGAAAGCUUCGAGAAGAGGCCGAAAUCCUCGUUCCACACCAUCAGAUAUGACUUCAAACCAGCAUCUAUUGACACGAGCUGUGAGGGAGAGCUGCAGGUUGGGAAAGGAGAUGAAGUGACCAUCACGUUACCUCACAUUCCGGGCUCCACGCCUCCCAUGACAGUAUUCAAAGGAAACAAGCGGCCGUACCAGAAGGACUGUGUUCUCAUCAUCAACCACGACACUGGGGAGUUCGUACUGGAGAAGCUGAGCAGCAGCAUCCAGGUCAAGAAAACCCGGGCGGAGGGCAGCAGUAAGAUCCAGGCCCGAAUUGAGCAGCAGUCGGUCCGUUCCAGCCAACCCAGCUCUCAGUUCCGGGCCCCCACCAAGCCCGGGGCCGGGGUCAAGACAUCCCCCUCCCCUUCUAAGGAUAAUCCCUCCCCAGAGCCCCAGCUCGACGACAUCAAACGAGAGCUGCGAGCCGAGGUGGAUGUGAUAGAACAGAUGAGCAGCAGCGGCAGCAGCUCCUCGGCCAGCGCCUCAGGGAGCGGCGAUGACAGCAGCAGCAGCGACGGCGAGCACGACGCCCCCCGGCCGCUCAGUCAGACGUCGCCCAACCGCCAGACUGUGGCCAACGGAGGAGCCGACCGGCAGCAGGGCAACAACCAGCUCAUGAACACACUCAGAAAUGACCUCCAGCUCAGCGAGUCAGGCAGCGACAGCGAUGACGACUGAUUCUCUGCUGGUCGAUGUUUCGCUCAGUCCACACUCCUCCUCCUCCUCUCUGCCUGGCCCACUUGUUCCUUUGCUGUGGUAGCUGACCCCGGCCUUAUAUUUUCUUUUUUUUCAGUUUAUCCUGAAAGCUGGUCAGCCUGGAACCUUAAGAGUGUAUUUUUUAUUAGAUGUAUAUUUUCUUUUGUAUAGCAAGACUCUAGAAAAAGAAACUUUUAACUUGAGAGGUUUUGGGAGAUUAUAUAUUAGAGUGCACAUUCAUAUUUUCUGUACUUAGAGCAGCUACUUUUAUCUACUUGUAUCACCUUUCUUUGUGGACGAGGAAAGGAUCGAGUGGGAAUAUCAACCCUCGCUAUCUCCCUUCGUUUAUCAGAGAAGAUCGUCGGGAUCGUCUCCACAUUCUUAUGUUUUUAUCAGUUUGCUUAGAAUACAAAAAAAUUGCAUAUUUGCACAGAAAACCUGUGCAGCCUGUGAAUGUAGAGAUCAGGGUGGAGCAGUUUCUUUAUUUUCCAUUUUUCGAAAUGAAUCUCCAAAUCAAAAUCAACUUAAUAAUAGAUGAAGUAAAGGAAAAAGGCUGGUGGUUGUUUUGACGCCUUACAGCGUCUACUAGUUUGGAAACAAAGGUGAAUGUGUCGACCUAGUGCUCAGGUCGUCCUGUGCUCGGAGCAGGACCGGUGACUGUGAGUGGUGUAAUCAGUGUGGUCAGUGAUUGUUCCCUUUAUCUGCUGGUGUCGGCGAAUAUCAUUCGGUACACCUCUUACUGUAUAUUAACACAUCUGCCAGUGAGAUAAUGUUUGUUUGUCAGCAGGACUACGCAAAAACUACCGAACUGAUUUUUGGCUGAUAUCUAAGAGUGUGUGAGAUUUGGUCCAGAUCCAGAAGCAAUUUCCAGAUCUAGUGGAUUUAAAUUUUGUUUCAUCAGGAGACUGACUGUCUUUCUAGUUUGUGUCUGUGGUGCAAAUGAUGCAUCCCAGAGAUUUGAAUUCAAGAUUUAAAAGUGUGUAGGAUUAGCCUGGGACCCAGAUGAAUUCUGGGAGCUCAUUUCAUUUGCUCUGCCAGACUCGGUCUGGAUCUGCUCCAUUGGAAAGUGAUUUCCCACCGGCAGAAAUCUUGCCGGUCCAAUCACAACCAAUU